AUGGAAAGGACGGAAGUCUCAGAGCUGUACUGCAAGAAAGCACCGCGAAUAAUCUCCAGAGGUCGAUUGCGUUCUGCAAAUGCUUCAGUCAAAAAGGAAAAAGAAUAUGUUAAGAACGACUGUGAAAUGGAUGAUGAAGUUGGAGAGGGAUUCGUAGUUCGAGGUGGAGUAAUGAUGCGGGUUGCUGAUGUGAACAAAGAGCAGUGGAAACCGAUGAAACGAUUCUAUAUCGAUGUCAACCAAUCGCAGAUAUAUGAACAUGCUGAAGCUCAUGAUGGGAUAUCAUUGGACGAUGAUGCUAUCUCGUCCCAUGUUACCGUUGAAGUUUCUGCGCUACCUGGCGACGGACGAAUGUUCCAUAUGUGUGAUAAUCUUCCAGGUGUAGCAAAUGAGGUGGAAUCGUACCCUUGCCGUUACUGUCCCAAUCGUAUUUUUUUGACAUCAUUUGGUCUGGAACGCCAUACUGAAAUGGAGCACAAGAUGCACCUUCCUGAAGUUAUGGAAGAAAUAUCAAGGAUUCAUAAUGAGUGGAGGAGGAGAGAGGCAUUCAAAACUAUAACGAAGAAACGACGUGAGGCGUUAAAAAAGACAAGAAUGUUAACAGAAGUUGUAAGACGUUCUCAAAGUCUGCGAUUCGAAGAUCGUUCUACUGAUAGGCAUCACACAAAUGCUUUGAGUUGUCAUAUUUGCGGUCUUGAUUUGGAAGCUAACUGCAAAUUUAUGAUGAAUCAUUUCCGUGCCCACCGCAGAAAUGAUGAAUUGAAACGACGAUUAUUAGCAAGUUUUGGUCCUUCCUACGUUGCACGUUGCACUUGCCAUCAGUGUCAUUUGGUCUUUGUCAAUGAGAAAAAUUUGAUGCUACACAAAGAAUCAUCACACCUUAGAAAACGAAAGUAUGUGUGUAAAUGGUGUGGUGAUAUGUGUUUAUCAGUGAAUGAACUGAAUGAGCAUAAAAAAGAUGUGCACGGUAUACCAUGCAGUCGACCGGAAAAAUCACUCUUCAUUAGUACAACCAGCAAUUCCCAAAAGAAUGCUGCAACACUUGAUGUUGUCGCUGCGGAUGGUAGUUCAGCGGAAAAACAGACAUUGUCUGGAAGUGGCUUAACCGAUAUUUCUUCAGGAAAUUGUGCGUCUUUGCUGAAUCAUAAUCCAUGCAUAGCGAAGUGUGGUGAAUGUGGUUUAACUACUGUGAAGCCGUCAUUACUUAUACGUCACAUGCAACGUGUUCAUAAUAAAAACUGCUUCUCAACUAUAAUUGAAAUGAAAGGUUUGCCCAAUAUUAGAGUGGAUAUGGAUCGUGGAAAAGUAACUUGGUGGUGUUGUAAUUUCUCCUUCGAAGACAAAUAUCGUUUUAUCUAUCACAGAAAAACUUGUCAUCAGCUGGUUCUUGAAUACAAUCAUUUACAUAAUUGUGCGGUUGAUACUAGAGGGCAAGCUAUUACCGUGCAUGAAACUGAUAGAGAAUUCAUGAAUACAGGACAAACUGCGCAAUUAAUCAAUCCUGACGAAACUCAAGAUGAUGAAUUGUACGUUUUGAUGGCACAGGAGAAUCUCGAACAGGGGAGGAAAACUGCUUUACAAGAAAUCCGAGCAGGUGAAUCGAUAGUAGAAGGUGCACAGCAGAUUACCCUAACAGCUAUUGAAUUUAUGCAAUUAAAGCAGCAAGUUGGUGAAAACUUUGAUGGUGCUAUGCAAAUUUUUCUUGUUGAUGACAUGAAUGGCGCACAGCAACCAUCACCAAAUUCUGGAGUGGAGCCAUCAGCUGAUUUCGUCGCAAAUAACGAUGUUCUGAAUUCGGUACUUGUAACAAACACGCAAAUGCCACCCACAGAUGACAAAUAUUAUUCCGGCACGCACUCAGCUGAGUCAGAGUCUUCUGUUGGGAAUGUUCCCGACCCUACGGAAGACAAAAUAUUGCAGAAUGACUUACCGCUACCAUCGCAAAACCUGAUUAAUGUAGAAACGAGUUCUUCAAAUCUAUCCAUACCAACCGUAACAUUUAGUCGUGGUACUUUGAUAGAUAAUUCUCUAAAGUGUCAUUUUCAAGUUCAGAAGAGUAUCCUUAAUGAACUAACAGCAAUUCCCACUGUUGCGAUUUCGCACAGUGCACAACAACUUCAUGAUAAUGUAGCAUAUUCUCCCACGAUGCUAUGCCCUGAGUUGGAUGGGGUGCCAAGAUCGGCGCCAGGAACUUUCCCAUCCAUUAUUGUAAUUAAUAAUAAAGAAACAAUUUCACCCCCCUCCAGUACUGGUUAUUGUUCUAUAGGAGGUUUAAAAAUAACUCGUAGUUUUCUGGAAAGGCCGAGUAACAGACCCACUUCUGUCCUGAAUAGCAUCCCCACUUUAUUGGAUUUAGAUCGAAAGGAUACCCUUACAACAACAGCAGCGAAAACAAUGAUUGAUACAUCUUCCUUACAGCACUUAUCAACAACUGCAGUUAGAGAUGAUGCAGUCUCGUCUUAUAUCAGCCAAGAUACCAAUUCAGCUGUUGCCAGUGUGUGUAAUUCAACAAUAUAUAAUCUUUCACUAGGUGAAAGUAAUAAGGUUUAA